CUCCUCUGCCGGGCUUCUCGCUCCAAUCGAGAGAGCUCUUCCCAAAACUUUCCGUGCCAGCAGGGCUUCCUGAAGCUUCUGUAUUCUUCUGUGUGUAGCUCAAGGGGGCGACAGCAGAAACCAAAUGGAGGACGUGUGAAAUAUGUACAAAUAAAAACAUGGUAGUGGUGACCGAGCAGGCGGACGGACCCCUCCUCACUCCGUUACUGUCCCCGCAGCAGCAACUCGUGAACAGGGACUCCCGAGGGACGAGGCCCGCGUCUGAAGGGUCUGAGAAUGGAGGGGAGAAGAGACAGGGGAGGAGAGGAGGGUCACCUGCAGGCCUCCAGCUGUGUCUGGACCCAGAUUCAGAGCCUCCAGAGAGCAGGAGGAAACCAGUAGGCAUGAGAUUAAAACCUGUGGAGCAGCUUUCACCGGUGCAGAGUCCCAGUGACUAUGAGACCAAGUCUGACAGGAAGAAAGGCCAGUCCAGCCACAUAUCUAAGACAAACACACACUAUCACAAGUUAUUUAAGGAGGUCAGCAAAGACGAGACCCUCAAACAGAGCUACACGUGCGCCCUGCAGAGAGACAUUUUAUAUCAGGGCAAAAUGUUCGUCUCUGAUAACUGGAUCUGUUUCCACUCCAAAGUCUUCGGCAGAGACACCAAGGUAUCUCCUCAUUUCCAUCCCGUGGUGUCGGUAACGUUCAUCAAAAAGACUAAAACGGCUCUGUUGGUGCCGAACGCCCUCGUGAUCGAAACGACGAGUUAUCAGCAUGUCUUUGUGUCUUUCCUGUCUCGAAACACCACCUACAAACUUCUGAGGACCAUCUGCAUCCACCUGGAGGUGGAGAAGACAUGCAGCAGCCCCACUAAUUCCUCGUGCGAGAACAGCUUCAGGGUGGAUUGUCCGUCGACGCUUCCUCUGGACUUCUCCGACCUGGACGGGGUCGUUCAGCAGAGACGGCAGGAGAUGAUGGAGAGCAGCAGCUCCGGCUCGCAGACUCCAGACUACGACAAGAUCACAG